AUGACUGAGUGCUUCCUGCCCCCCAGCAGCAGCCCUGCAGAGCAGCGCAGGGCUGAGCAUCCGGGGGGUGUGGCCCGCACCCCCAGCUCUGAAGAGAUCAGUCCCACCAAGUUCCCUGGGCUGUACCGAACUGGCGAGCCGUCGCCACCACAUGAUGGUCAUCACCAUGAGGCCCCAGAUGCUUAUGUCUCAGAUGAUGACAAAGAGCACAGCAAGAAGAAGAACAAAUUUAAAAAGAAGGAGAAGAGAACGGAAGGAUACGCCGCCUUUCAGGAGGACAGCUCAGCAGAUGAAGCGGAGAGCCCAUCCAAGAUGAAGCGCUCCAAGGGGAUCCACGUGUUCAAGAAGCCGAGCUUUUCCAAAAAGAAGGAGAAGGACUUCAAGGUGAAGGAGAAGCUCCCUAAGGAGGACAAGGCCAAGGAUAAGAAGUCCAAGGACCUGACGGCCGCUGAUGUCGUCAAACAGUGGAAAGAGAAGAAGAAGAAGAAGAAGCCUACAACAGAGGUUGAGCCGGUCCCAGUGGAGACACCCACCUUUAGGCCCAUCUUUGGAGCACCACUGACUGAGGCUGUCAAGAGGACAGCUCUGUACGACGGCAUCCAGUUGCCAGCCAUCUUCAGAGAGUGUGUGGACUACAUUGAGAAUUAUGGCAUGAAGUGUGAGGGUAUCUACCGGGUCUCAGGUAUGAAGUCCAAGGUGGAUGAACUGAAAGCAGCGUAUGACCGUGAGGAGUGCCCCUGCCUGGAGGAGUACGACCCACACACAGUGGCCAGUCUCCUAAAGCAGUACCUGCGGGAGCUACCAGAGAACCUGCUGGGCCGAGACCUUGCUCAGCGCUUCGAGGACGCCUGCGGUCGGCAGGUGGAGGCGGAGAAGGUGACGGAGUUCCAGAGGCUGUUAACGGAGGUGUCGACUGAGAGCCGCCUCCUUCUGUCCUGGCUCGUCGCACACAUGGACCACGUCAUCACCAGGGAGGCAGAUACCAAGAUGAAUAUUCAGAACAUUUCCAUCGUCCUCAACCCAACCAUACAGAUUGGAAACCGUGUCCUUUACAUGUUCUUCACACAUGUGAGAGAGCUGUUUGGAGACGUAGUCCUGAAGCCGGUGGUGCGUCCGCUGCGCUGGUCUAACAUGGCGACGAUGCCGGCGCUGCCUGAGACCCAGGAGAGCAUCAAGGAGGAGAUCCGAAGACAGGAGUUUUUGUUAAACCGCCUGCACAGGGACCUCCAGGCAGGCGUGAAGGACUUGUCCAAAGAGGAACGACUGUGGGAGGUUCAGAGAAUCCUAACUGCACUAAAGCGCAAACUGAGGGAGGCCAAACGUCAGGAAUGUGAGAGUAAGAUUGCCCAGGAAAUAGCGAGCUUAUCGAAGGAAGAUGUUUCAAAAGAGGAAAUGACUGAGAAUGAAGAAGAAGUCAUUAACCUCCUCUUAGCCCAGGAAAAUGAGAUCCUGACAGAGCAAGAGGAGCUAAUCUCUCUUGAGCAGGUUCUGCGGAGACAGAUUGCAACUGAGAAGGAAGAAAUCGAGAGACUGCGUGCAGAAAUAGCAGAUAUACAGAGUCGACAACAGGGUCGCAGUGAGACAGAGGAGUAUUCAUCUGACAGUGAAAGUGAGAGUGAGGAUGAGGAAGAGUUGCAGAUGAUUCUAGAAGAUCUGCAAAAGCAAAAUGAGGAACUGGAGAACAAAAACACCCAUUUGAACCAGGCCAUCCACGAGGAGCAGGAAGCCAUCUUGGAGCUUCGCGUCCAACUCCGCCUCCUGCAGAGCCACAAACUUCAGCAGGAGCUGACCAUCCAGCCGUCCACAGAGCAAGCCCCGCCCACACAGCCGAGCCCUGAGGCCCGCAGUGAGGAGCAAACCAAACGUUCUGCCGCCGCCGCUGCUGCAGGUGCACCUGCUGUGGUGGUGGCGGCUGCUGCUGCUGCAGAUACUGCAGUCCCAGCCAAUGGAAAAGUGGCAGCAGCAGCAGCUAAGGAUCCUGCAAAGCCCUCACCGAGCAAAGACAGGAGAGACGCCAACAUGUGAGAUGCCACAACAGUGAUGUAUUUGGUGGCUCUGUGCUGCAGUCUUGUCUGUAUCGCUCGUCAGUUGUCCUGUAGUGUCACUAGUUACUGACCAGAGAUCUCACAUUGCUGGAUAGGUGAGUUCAUGUGACCCAGAUAUCUUCAUGGAAGAAUCACUUUUCCUGCUUUUGUCAUCUUGACUCUUUCCCACAUAUCACAUAUUUUUGGUUUCCUGUUUUUGCAGACAACAGUAGAUAUAGAGAAUGUGCUGUAACAGAUUAGUUGGCAACUCACAUGAGAGAAUCGGUGGGACCAUACUUUUACAUACAUUUGCAGUGCCAAGCCUGUAUGAAGGAGGAGGGUGAAAGGAGAAAUGAAGGGAUCCAUAAAGCGGGUAGAGAAGAGAGCGCAAGGUAGACCUUUCCAGUAGCUCACAAAAACUUUAUUUUUUACUGGUUAGGGCUCAAAAGAAGGUCACUAGAUUUAAUCUCACUCCCUGUCAGGCAAUUUGUCCUUUAUCUAGAUGCAAAUUUGACAUAUUCGGAUAAAACCACUGUGCCAUAACUGAAGAGACUGGACAAGAUUCCCCAGAGAACCACUAACACAAAAACUCUUUGGACACUGAAGAAUUUAUGAUUGGUCUAUAUAUUAUAUAUUUAAGAAGUAUUCUGAAGAAUACAAAUGACUAUACAAGAAAUGCAUUGAUUUUAAAUUUCAGCUUUUUAGUAAUAUAUGGAUAUAUGUAUAAAUAUAUUGUUAUGCUUUCUUUUCUUUGAGCAACAGAUGCACAUAAACAAAGCGGUGUUGUACCUCACGACUGACCAGUGGAUGAAAACAUGAACGACAAACAAAUGCGCAACAAAAGUAUAUUCAUCACUGCAAACUGUAGAAACACAGCUGCAUUGUUACUGUCAGUUUUUGUGACAACUCUUGGUCUAUAGUGCAAUCAUCUUUUCUGGUGUCUGCCUCUGUCGCACAAACAUGUAAACAUGGGGAACAGACUUUUCUGCAGUUUAAUGGUGAAAUAACAAAUCUGUGGUGAUGAUUACUGUCUCCAUAAUGUGUGCAGAGAUUAACAGGAGGCUGGUUUAGUUUUGUUGUGUAUUUGGUCGUGGUAUUUAACUCUUCAUGUGUGGAGUUACUGAUCAUGCCAUCAGUUGGAAGUGACAAUAGUAAACUCAUUACAAGUCAAUCAUUUCAUUUCGCAGCUGAUCUAUGACUGUUGCAAAGUACUGUCAUUGUUCAGUUAUGUUUUAAGCGAAGACAUGGCCUACUUCCUCUUUCUGUAUAUUGUUGUAAAAUUGCAAACAUACUGUAUUUUCAGCUCUUAUGUUUUGUCAUACAUUCUUUUUUUUUAUUAUUAUUAAUGACCUGUAUGGAGUUUUGCUGGUGUGACUGCCUCUGCUUUGGUCACAGGCAAAUCAAAGCAAUCUCAUCUGGACUCAUGAUUCAAGAUGUUAUUAUUAAUCCUGUGACUGAAACGGAUAGUGCUAGUUGGGCUCAGAAGCUUCUCAUAAGGUUAUUUUCAUAAGGUCCCAAGCUUUUAUAGCCUAUUGUUGCAGACAGAAUAAUGCUGUGAAGAAUAAAGUGUCAAUCUAAUGAA